AUGGAGACUGAAUUCUAUUCCGCCGUAAACUGGGCAUCGCCUACAGACCAUGUGGAGUCUCUGUUCCCCUGGGAGACAGAAUCACCCCGGUCGGGGCAGGCAGAUGUGUGGGGGUCUGAGCUGGACCUGCUGCUCUCCGCUUCGUCAUAUCCGAUUCCCGAGCCUCCACAGCUGCAGGACCAGGAGGACCAACACAAAGAGAAUAACCUAACCGCCUUAUAUGGCGGUGUUAUCGUGCACGAAGAGGACCCUUCAAACGAGCCCGCUCUUUUCCAACCAACACCUGAAGCCAGGACUUUCUCAGCACCAACCCCACCAAGUAAUCGCAUCUCCAAACCAGCCGAGGCAACAAGGAAACGCGGCCGUCCGCGGAAACUCAUUGACGAUGCCGGCGUAAAUGCAGAAGAGCGACGGCGCACGCAAGUCCGUAUAGCGCAGCGAGCUUAUCGGUCUCGCAAGGAGGCCAACAUAUCCUCGCUCCAAGACCGCAUUAGGCAGCUUGAAACGGCGAUCAAGCAUAUGAGCACAUCUGUUAUAUCGUUUGGCGAUGAUGUCGUCCGGUCAGGUGCCUUGGAUUCGCAUCCUGAUUUACUUCGGCCGCUCGGGAACACCGUGCAGGCUUGUCUGGCGUUGCCGGCGCUUCCUCUUGGUGAGUCGGGGUAUCAGAUAGAGGAUGCCGACUCGACGGGGAAGAAGAAGAAGCGUAUUGGGUAUCCCACUUCCUCUGCCGCUGAAGGUUCAGAGACGAUGGAGAUAUCCGAGUUCAUAGACCGGUUGCACGUCACCUGCAGCUACCAAGCAUACCUCGUGUGCGCCAACCCAGCAGUCCCAACGAGGCGAAUAGAGCGCCCUUUCCGGAUCCUCCUAGGCCUCAUGCCUCGGAUGUUUGUCGCCGAGCUCUUCAAGGACUGGUUACUCGCAAGAGCCGGCCACAAGACCCUGGAUCACUGGGAUCAUAUCCCGUUCUUCCGCAUAGGAGGUGCCGGUACCCACUAUCCUUCGUCGGGGAACCUGCACUUUCCCUUUCCUACACACGGCUCAUCCGCCGUGGAAGAGGACCUGUCGCGGUUUGCCGCUGACUUGCAGGAUGAGCUUGAGGAUGAGUGGUUUGACCUAGGUGAUCUCCAGGGCUAUCUCCACGAGCGGCAAGUGGUGUUUACCGCGUCCUUAAUGCCGGCUGGCCCGAUAUUGCUGGGACAGAAGGAACAAGACCCGGCUAGUGUGUCGCGCUUGAUGCAGGCACUGGUUAAAGGGGCCAUUUGUCUCGGCCGGUCGCCGGGCUUUCGGCGCCGGAAUGUAGAGAAAGCUGUGGACGAAUUUAUAGCGGCCCAGAAUGCUUCCUGA